CAGGAGCCUCUUUGCUGUCAUCCCGCAAACGUCAAAAUCAACAUCAUCCACGCUCCAGUCAUGGGGGACAGAAUGGAGAAGGAACGGGCUGAAAUUGUUAGUGUUACAUUGAAGGACAUCUUCCGCGGGGCGCUUCCAUCACCGGCCGACCUGCUGCCCUGGUACAUCCCGAAGUGCUUCUGGCGUUCGCUCGUUGACACUCGCCAUAUCGCUGCCUGCGAAACGGUCACACUGGCACGGCCCCUUCCCAUCGAGAAGCGAGCGAACGAUCAGCACUGCCCAGCACAGCCGGCCCGAGACAUUCUGCUGCAGUGUGGCAUCUUGCUCGCGCGCCUACACCACGCCCUGCACGUCCUCGUCGUCAGCCGUAAUGGUGGCACCGUAAGACGAUUGUUACAAUUGACGAAAGAGCACCCGGCGGACUCGCUGCACGUGCUCGUGCUCAGUGAUAGGAGCUCGACGGUGGAGGAGUUCCUUCGGUCGUGCGACCCGGACCGUGUUACCGUGGUGCGCUACGGGCGGGCAGUGACGGUCGGUGACAUUGGGUCCACAUCGACCGCCCCAGCCAUCCACGGUGUUGAGAGCGAUGAGGAGAUACUGCUCUGUGGCGAUGGCAGCAGGGAGGAGCUGUACGAGCAGAAGCUUGCCAAACUGUUUCACAGUGCCCGGCUGGUGCUGGAGCAGCUGCGCCCGGAAGCGUGCCGGAAGGGGGUGGAUCCGUGUGCGCUCUACCUUUACCGCACCUUCCCACAGGCCACCUUUGUAAACGGUUGCAAAAUUAAGCGUCUUCGGUAAUCCUUUGCACCGUUUUCGGUCGUUCUUUUUGCUGCGGAGCUGCGGAUGGAUAGAAAGUAGCGCACGAACAGAAUACACUGUUUACACUGCAGUGCUGAAGUGUGAGAUUGAACUUUGGACUAACAAGAAAGGGGAGAAAAAAAGAAAGCACCCGGAACCGUGACUCGCUGAACAUUGGGCGAACGGAUAAAGUAGCGCAAUCAUCGUCAUUUUGAUCGAUCAGCGUGUUGUCCGUUCCUGUGUAAGCUCCUGCGCUGUUUGUAGUGUGAAGAGAAGCACUCCAGAGAAGCAGCAAAGAAACAAUAUCAGUCAGUAAGAAACUUGUUUUAUUUCCGUGCUUGAGCAA